AUGAGCUCGCCGUACCGCCGCCGCCGCAUCGUCUGGGCGGCGAUUCUGCUCACAGGAGCCUUCCUCUUCUAUCUCGCUCUCGCCAAGUCCAAGGACGCCGCAGAGAGCGUGCCCGAGAUCCACGCGCUCCUCCACUUCGUGACGGAGCACCCCGACCAGCGCUUGAACGGCAGUGCGCUCGACCCUGCGGAGAAGGUCGACGUGCGCGUGUUCGCGCCGGGCGGGGACAUGGAUUGGGAGAAGCACCUUCGAGUGCUGCGGGACGAGGCGCCGCUGGUCGUGUUCAGCAAGACGUUCUGCCCAUUCUCCCAGCGAGCGAAGGCCCUGUUGGGCUCGUACCUGAUCUCGCCACCGCCGACCGUCAUCGAGCUUAAUCUGAGAGAGGACGGGCCGGUCAUCCAAGGACUCUUGCAUAGACUGACUGGGCGGCGCACCGUGCCCAAUAUUCUGCUGAUGGGCGAGUCCAUAGGUGGUGCAGACGAUAUCCAACAAUUGCACGAUGAAAAUAAAUUGAAGGUGUUGCUCGAAGAACGCGGAUUGGUAGUGAAUGGCCUUGACUGA